AGCUUAGCUAUGGCCUAUGGCGCCUCUCUCAUCAAUCACAACUGCUUCCAUCAAUGCUCUCUCUCUCCUCUCUUUCUCUCUCUCUCACACAAUGAUCCAUACAUGUGUGUGUUUAUAUAAUGCCAAUUUGUUUGCUUGAAGGUUUCCAAGUUUAUAACAUUGAGAGGAUGCAGUAAAUCAUGCCUUUCUUCUGAUGGAAAUUUCUGGAUGUCUGUUAGAGAUUUGAAGUAAUCGACAAGAAAUUAGAGUAGUUUGGUGUUUUUGGUUGCUCAAAUUUUGAUAAUCUGUAAAGAUGGUUAGCAGCAUUGAUGUUAAUUCUUACUCAAACGGCUCUGCUUCGUCGAGCUCUUCCGGUGCAUCGGAAAAGCUUGAUGAGCUCCGGGGAAUUCUCGGCAAAGCUGCCGGAGAUCCUCUGAGGAUCGUCGGGAUCGGGGCGGGGGCGUGGGGCAGUGUAUUUGCAGCCAUGCUGCAAGACAGCUACGGCCAAUAUCGGGACAGGUUUCAGAUUCGGAUAUGGCGGAGGCCGGGCCGGGCUGUCGACAGGGCGACGGCUGAGCAUCUCUUUGAAGUGAUCAAUUCCCGGGAGGAUGUGCUGCGGAGGCUGAUCAGACGAUGCGCGUACCUGAAAUAUGUCGAGGCUCGGCUCGGCGACCGGACUUUAUAUGCAGACGAGAUCUUGAAAGAUGGAUUCUGUCUGAAUAUGAUCGAUACGCCUUUGUGUCCGAUGAAGGUUGUCACGAACUUACAAGAGGCGGUUUGGGAUGCCGAUAUUGUCAUCAACGGGCUGCCUUCGACUGAUACCCGUGAAGUUUUUGAAGAGAUUCGGAAUUAUUGGAAGGAAAGGAUCUCAACACCGAUCAUAAUUUCUUUGGCGAAGGGUAUCGAAGCUGAAUUGAACCCGACGCCACGAAUAAUCACUCCGACACAAAUGAUCAAUCAAGCGACCGGAGUCCCGAUAGAGAACAUUUUGUACCUCGGCGGGCCAAAUAUCGCAUCGGAGAUUUACAACAAGGAGUAUGCGAACGCGCGCAUUUGUGGGUCGGAGAAGUGGCGGCUGCCUCUCGCCAAGUUCUUGAGGCAGCCUCAUUUCAUCGUGUGGGACAACAGCGAUCUCGUGACGCACGAAGUCAUGGGAGGUUUAAAGAACGUCUACGCCAUCGGGGCCGGCAUGGUGGCGGCUUUAACGAAGGAGAGCGCGACGGGGAAAUCCGUGUAUUUCGCGCACUGCACGUCCGAGAUGAUAUUCAUUACGCAUCUUCUGACGGAGGAACCCGAGAGACUUGCCGGGCCGUUGCUUGCGGAUACGUAUGUGACCCUCUUGAAAGGCCGGAACGCGUGGUACGGACAAAUGAUCGCAGUCGGACAGCUGAGUUUGGACAUGGGCGAUAGUAUUAGCGGCAAAGGCACCAUUCAGGGAAUCUCCGCCAUUGAAGCGUUUUAUGAGCUCCUAAGCCAGCCGAGCCUGAACGUGUUGCACCCGGGAGCAAACAAGGCUGUCGCGCCAGUCGAGCUUUGCCCCAUCCUCAAGAUUCUCUAUAAAAUUCUCAUUACGAGGGAACAAGGGGCCGAGGCGAUUCUUGAAGCGCUUAGAGACGAGAACCUCAACGACCCGCGCGACCGUAUAGAGAUUGCGCAGAGUCAUGCCUUCUAUAGGCCGUCGUUGCUCUCUCGCCCACCCUUGCCGUGACUUGUCGCAACUCUAUUCGACUCAAUUCUACUAAGCUUAGCUCGGCUCGACUCGACUUAUACGAUACCAUACAUACAUAAAACUUUAUACGAUACAACAAUACUUACUCUGCUUGAUUUCCUUCUUUGGAUUUGCGAAUGCUCUCAAUUUCAAUAUUGUUGAUUGAUCAUUUUAUUACGGUGUUUUUUUUUUAUUUGUUUCGAUAAUUGUCGAUUUCUUUUAUUGAACUGCGAUUUAAACUAAUUAAGUAGGCGGAAGUUACAGAACAUUAUACUCCCUCCGUCUCAAACAAGGUGCAACAUUUACUUUUGGUAUGGUUUUUUAGGUGGGUAGUAUUAAGUAUGAUAAUUUAGAAAUUAGGUGAUGUAAUGUAGAGAGAAAUAUAUUUUUAAAUUUUUUAUUUGGAUGAUGUGAGUAAAUAAAGUGGGGGUAAUUAAUUA